CUUCUGUUUUCCAUUGUAUUAGUUUUUAUAUUUCCUGGUAACAGUGGCCAGCUAUGACACCCCUCCUAUUCACCUGAGCCCUAUAAAAGGCAACUGUGAUUACGGAGCAAAGUGACUACACAGGGCAAACUGAAGAGAGGAUUUUUUUUUCCUGGACAAUUUCAGAUUUGGAAGCAUGUCUCAAACAGUCUUACCCGUGAACUCUUCAACACUCAUCAUCCAGAUUCAACCACCAACACAAACAACACCAGCUGGGACUGUGACAAAUGCUCCUGCGCCUGUUUAUGUCCAACAGAUCGCAGGAGUUUCUCCUCUUAAUGGAUUUCAGGCAUUUCUGAAAGGACAACCAAAAGCCCUUGGGACUGUCCAGAUAAUGAUUGCUCUGUUGACUUUCAUGCUUGGGAUCGUUUCUACAGUUCAUGCGGAAUCCAUCUUUGUCUUUAGUGGUAUUCCUUACUGGGGAUCGCUCAUCUACAUUAUUGCAGGUUCACUCUGCAUUGCUGCCGAAAACAAACUUAAUUCACCCUCCGGUUUGUGUUUGGUGAGAGGUUCACUUGGAAUGAACAUUUUCAGUGCUUUAACUGCAGGCACUGCCCUUAUUAUAACUUCAUUGGAUUUGGCUAUAGGACCAAUGUACUACAGUUACUGCAAUGAUUAUGAGUGUUUUGAUUUUGAGGGAAGGUAUAAGACUCUCUUCUGGGGAAUUGAGAUUGUAUCUAUGAUAUUCGCCUUGCUUCAGUUUAUCCUCUCCAUGUAUCUGUCAGCAUUUGCCUGUAAAGUUUCCUGUUGCUGUUGUCCUCCACAGGUUCCGUAUGUUGCGCAAGUUUUACCUCCACUGCCCUGUGAUUUUAGGCCCUGUCAUUACCAUGAUCUUAACAGCUCAGAGAUAUCUGUGAUCAGCAACCCUUCCAUGCAUCACCACCCUGCAGAAAUUCCUCCACAAUACAAUGAAAGUAAAUAAAUAUUAAUAGUAAUCAACAAACAAAAAGGGGGUGGAUGGGGGUUGGGCCCUGCAGUUGUGUGUGAUGCUUUCAUGGGGCACUGGGGUUUCCCAAUGGUUUCCUGUCCCUUACCACUAAUGUCCUUUCAUUAGAAAAGAGAUAAAGAAAGCAAAAAAAGAAACCAGUUGAUCAGAUAAGGAUUAUAUAUAU